GGGCUAUGGAAUUUAGUGUGAGCGGGAACGCCCUGAAGACCUUCGCUCGCUCUAUCACGUGCCUCGCACGCGUCGGAAACGAGCUCGCCAUCCAAGCUUCGUCUUCUCAGAUGCUAAAGAUUUUGUCCCCCUAUCUAUGCAGCUUGCUUUGCACACUCUCAAUUCGUCACGGUCUGCCUAUCACUCAAGUACAUUUAAGCCUGAAUUCUUUGAUGUCUAUACUAUAUCUUGUAACCAGGUGCAAUGUAGUGUGCUUUUGAAGGCGGUUUGUUCUGUGCUUAGGACACCUUUAGCAAGUAUAGAUCAUUUGAGCAUACGAUUGCCCGAUCCCAAUGCAUCCAAAAUGCAAUGGACUUUAGAAUGCUACAGCGGUAUGAAGAAAUCCUAUUGGAUUAUUUGCAAUGUUGAACCAGACAUACAACAUCUAUCUCUUGAUAGGAGAAGAUUCCCAAGCAGCUUAGUUGUGAGACCUCGAGAUCUAAACAGAUUGCUUGCUAAUUUUCAGUCAUCGCUUCAGGAGAUUACCAUCAUAGCAACAGAACCCACUUCCGUGCCUUCUGAUGUGGCAAGUGAAAUUGGAGGAAAAGCUGUCGAACUUAGAAGUUAUAUUGACCCGACGAAAGACAGCGACUCAUCACUGCAUACUCAACUAUGGAUAGACCCUGCAGAGGAGUUUGUGCAGUAUACCCACACGGGAGACCCCAUAGAUGUGACGUUUGGUGUGAAGGAGUUGAAGGCAUUCCUUUCCUUCUGUGAGGGCUGUGAAGUUGACAUUCACUUGUAUUUUGAGAAAGCCGGAGAGCCUAUUCUAAUGGCACCCAAGUUCGGUCUAGAUGAUGGGUCCACUUCAAAUUUUGAUGCUACACUUGUACUUGCAACCAUGCUAGUGUCGCAGCUCCAUGAAAGCAAUACCUCAGAACCUCCACAAGCAGCUACUGCAAUGCACAUUCAGGAAGAUCAUGGGACAGGGUCAGAACCAGGACGAGAAAGGUGUGGAACAAAUGUUUCGGAGCAUCCAUCUGAUCACACCAGAAUUUGGUCUGAUCUUUCAGGAAGUGGUGCAAGAAGUGGCAGUGGUGCCGAAGCAGGACAGGCUCAAGGGGAAAGAAAUUUGAGUGCUAAUGGACAGAGAGAAAUUCAAAGGAUGAGCACAAUGCAUAUUUCAAAUCCUGCAUGUGUUAGGGAAAAUGAACCUGUGCAGGAGGAUCAUGUGGAAGAACCUCGAGAUAGGUCACAAAUUAACGGUGAUGGCUUUUCACAACGUCAUCCUAGCAACUGGAUAGAUGCAGAUGAGGAUGAUAGUGAUGAGGAUGGAGAGGAGAAUGAACUCUGUAUUCCUUCAACACCACCAUACUACGAAGAACAUUAGGAUUAUUUGCUGUAGUAAAGGUUUGCUGGAUUUCUUCUCUUUCUUAUGUUGUAAGUCCAUCUUUCUCCUCUAGUAACAUGCUUUAUUUUUAAUUUCUUUUUUGUCAAGUCGAUGUUUUGAUUUUACAUAAAAGCAAUUUAUGACAAAGGGGUAUACAUUAUGCAAGUAUUUAAAUAGAAUUAAGUCCUCAACAACAUUUUAGUUGGAGAGUUGGGUCAUAUAAUUAAGUCCUCCACAACAUUAAGACCUGGGUUAUUGGAUCAAAAACGGUGAAAUUGUGUCAUAAUUUAUAUGCACCAAAAUGUGAAACGAUUCUUGGUGUUGAAGUAGCCAAACUCGUAAGAGUUAGGUCAUAUAAUUGGUGGGGUUGGAUCAAGAAUUCACAUGCACUACGAUCCAUCACUAUCAUGCAGCAGCAGUUAUAGGACCCCACCUUUACUGUUUCAAAUAUUGCCAUAAAUGUGAAGCAGAACUUAGUGUUGAUUUUGCAUUGCCUCUCUUUUGCAGUGAAUUUCUGUCUGUCUUAAGAUAGGUUUUUCUUUUCCCUUUUUCUUUUCCCGUAGGACUGGUAAGAAAAACAGCAGGAAAAACUCAAUCGUAGUGAAGUCCUGCGUUUUCUCACUGUAAUUGUCAGUUUUUUUUGUUGAAAUAUCCAAUGGGAAUGCCAAUUAGGAAUUUGAUGCUUUGAAUUGAAACGAUAGGAAAGAAAGACUCAACAAAGUGAGGCUUC